AUGAUCAUUCAAGUCCUGAAUGAGUCUGAACUCGCUUUCCAACUAGAUGGUGACUGGUGGAAAGCUGGCGAGUUCAAGUCCGACAAGUCUGCACUCAUUCCACCGAAGUCUGAGACUACCGUCGAGAUCUCGCCCUCCACUGUGGAAGGUAUUUACGGAGUCGCAUGGUGGGUUGAUGUGUCUGGGCACAAUGUCUACCUGUCCAUGGCAAUUUCAAAGCCCAGACUCGGCACAAACAAAUUUUCUUGCUCAGCAGGGUUACCUCCUCCGAAUCUGAAGACCUCGUUUUCCUCGGCCCCAAAGCUUGAGCCAUCAGAGUCAAGUUUCCCUGGUCAAGGUGCUGGCUGUGAAUGGGCCGGCGCCAGUGAAGGCGUCCGAGUGAGGAUUUUUCCAGAGCUGGACGAAUUCGCUCCACUAACGGCUGCAGACUAUCUCCCAAGGAGCGCCCUGAAGGGCAGGUUUGACGGGGAUGCUGAUGAGCCGCAAGAAGAAACUCAAAGCGAAGCUUCAGCGCUAGCAAACACAGGAGGCAGCUACCCACGAACAGAGGGAGGCGACUUCAUGGCUUUGACCAGGCCAAAGGACAGCGCUGAGAGCCCUGACUUUCGUUUCGGUCGAGCUGGUCAUUUUGCAGAUCUUGCAAGGCGGGUGUUGCAGGAGGCCUGGUCACUGCGGUGGCCGCACCAGUUCACGGUGCGAGGUCUGGUGGGGCAAGCGGCUUCUUCAAGGGACUUGGUCUGGAUUUCAGUGACAUUGCAAGUGAUCGAAGAAGCUUGUCAAGCUGUUGCAUCGGAGUUCAGAGGGGACAUCCUCAUAGGAGCCCACAGGAUGUCACAGGAUGCUCUGAAAAGGGAAGCCAGUUGCGCGGUGUGGCGCGCGUGGUGCACUGAGGUGCAGGAGUCCUUGGUGGCGCUGCGAUGGUGGUGGGUGGCGUUGGCUGUGGCGUCGCUCAGGUGCAGCGAAAGGUGA